AUGGCGCCCAAGAGAUCUCCGCCGGCAAUCGUGCCGACAGACGAGAUCGCGCCCCUGCACUUGUUCGACGAUACGACGAUGCUACGGGGCUGCACGCUCAUGUGGACCCUGAAGUUCAACGAGGUGCUGGACGCGGAUAAGCUGGGCAGUUCGCUGUCAGAGCUCUUCCAGAUGGAGGGCUGGCGGAAGCUGGGCGGGAGACUUCGGCGCAGACCCGAUGGGUCGGCUGAGAUUCACAUCCCGUGUCCCUUCACAGAGGACCGGCCGCCGCUCCACUUUACAAAGGAGAGCUUCGACAUGCGCAUUUCGGAACAUCCUGAAGCAUCCAAGCUGCCGCGUGCUUCAGACAAAGUAUCGACAUUUCCAAGCGCGCGAAACUUCCAGUCGCUGGGCCAAGGACCGGGAGCACCCAAAUGCAUCGAUGACUACUUUUAUUCAGAUCAUCCGCUAUACAGUCUCCAUGUCGUCAACUUCACGGAUGCAACUUUGGUUUCCAUCAGUUUCAAUCACGCCAUCAGUGAUCUCGCCGGCCUCAUGGCCGUCAUCAACGCAUGGCAGCUCGUUUUAGCCGGCAAGCCCGAGGCCGUACCUCCAUUCAAGGGCUUUUUUGAGGACACCAUGGCAGGUCUUUACAAGGCUCAGCCAACUGAGAAAUUCGUCCUAGCCGAUAAACAGCUCUCGGGCUUGGGACUUGCUGUGUUUGGACUGCGGCUCAUUUUCGAGUCGUGGUGGAACGGCCCUAUCGAAUCCAAACUCGUUUGCAUCCCGAAGAAGACAAUGGAUACACUUGUUCAGACGGCCAAAGAUCAGAUCCCGAAAUCAGCAACAGGCUCAGCUACAUUCAUCAGUGAAAACGACAUCAUUGUAGCACUGGCCACAAAGACGGUGGGCCAUAACUUAUCUCCCGGCCGCCCGAUUACAGCUCUGCAGGCAGUUGACCCUCGCACCCGUGUCAAGUCAGUCUUUCAGCAAGACGCCGCUUAUGUCUGCAAUGCACCGGCAGCAGCCUUUGUCCAUUACAACAGCCAGGAAGCAGUAGACAAGAGCAUCGGCGAAUUAGCGCUCGAGAGUCGAAAGGCUCUCCAAACGCAAGUCACCGAGGAGCAAAUGAAAGCCGUGGCCGCGCUGGCAUACAAAUCCAUGAUGGCCACCGGGAACCCUCCCAUGUUUGGAGAAAGCAACAUGGCCUUUCUCGUAUUUUCCAAUUGGAGCAAGGCUGCCUUUCUCGAAAAGGUAGACUUUAGCCCAGCGAUUGUCAAGAGAGCGGAAAAGGAUCGCCCUGAUGGGAAGCAAGGCCACCCUGUGUUUUACCAUUCGCAGAGUAUCGAGAGGGCUGGCAUUUCCACACAUGUUGUUGUUAUAAUGGGAAGAGAUUUGGAGGGCAACUUUUGGCUGAAUGCUGAUUUCCCAGGUUACAUCUGGCCCACAAUGCUGGAGCAGUUGGAGAAGUACGCAUAG